ACGGUAAACCAGAAGUAGUUUGAAGAUACGGAAGUGACCUGCUACAAAACACUUUUUGUAGUCAUGCAUGGAAUCGCAAUACUUUAGUUUUGCACCAGCCGAAACUAAUUUUUCAAUUACAAUAGUAACCUAGAAAAUUGCUAAUUUACUUGCCCUCGUAGCUGUCAAGUUGUGUGUGGACAUGUGCACACAAACUAAAGCUGCUGCCCGCAUGGUAAAUAUCCCGCAGGCAGACAUCGAUCCCUCCGGUGUAUUUAAGUACGUCCUCAUCAGAGUCCACAGCAAAGAGAUAGGAGACGACACAGAAGUAGACAUAGUCCGUGGAUAUGGCUGGGCCGAGUACCACGCCGAUAUCUACGAGAAGGUUUCUGAGGAGUUGGAAAGGGAUGGACUCUUGGACUGUGAAUGCGUCGGAGGUGGAAGGAUCAGACAUGAUGCCCAAGCGAAGAAGAUCCAUGUUUACGGCUACUCUAUGGGGUUCGGAAGAGCAAACCACGCAAUAGCCACUGAGAAACUGAAGGUUCGGUACCCGGACUAUGAGGUGACCUGGGAUAACGAAGGAUACUGAUUGAAACUAUCGCGCACAUUUCAUAGACAUCAUCAUUAAAGACC